UACAGCGGUGACUCCUCCCCCCGUCAGGUGGCGCUCCUCCUCCUCCCGGCUCCGUACAGCGCCAGGUGGAAGCAGCAGCAGCAGCCGGUUCCUGACAGGAAGGAGGCGAUGGCGGUCAGCACUAAGAUCUCCCUGGCGCUCUCCUCCCUGGUGUCUCUCCUGCUCUUUGCUGGGAUGCAGAUGUACAGCAAGCACCUGGCUUCCUCCGAGUGGCUGACCAUCCUGGGCGGUCUCCUGGGAUCCGGCAUCUUCUUAUUCUCUGUCACCGCCGUGAACAACCUGGAGAACAUUGUGUUUGGUAAGGGCUUCCAGGCCAAGGUGUUCCCCGAGGUCCUCUUCUGCCUGUCGCUUGCUCUCUUUGCCUCGGGGUUGGUACAUAGAGUCUGCGUCACCACAUGCUUCAUCUUCUCCUUGGUGGAUCUGUACUACGUCAACAAGAUCUCCUCCGGGCUGUACCAGGCGGUGGUCUCCGCUGUGCUCCCUGGGAAGGUGGUCGGGAAGAGCAAGAAACGCAGCUGAUCCCUGCCCCCCUUUCUCCUACAUUCCACACCAUGCAUAUGCAAAUAAAGUGCCGUCUCUUUGUAGA